GCUUAAGUAAAUACAAACAACAAAGACUUUAAAAGCAACAAAACAAACAAAUAAGAUAUACGACUUUUUCUUGUCAGAGAUAUUAGUCGUUUUGGAUCUGUCAGUCACAUUAACGAGAGAAAAAUUUAAAUACAACGGGUCAGUUAAGUGCAUUUAAGUGGCAAUGGAUGAUACCUGGAAUAAUGUUGAAUUGACAAAUAUGUCAAGAAGAAAAUCUUAUACACUUAAUCAUGAAUAUGAUGCCAAUGGGAAAUUCACUUUCAACAAUAAUAAGGACGAAAGUGUGCCUAAUGAUUGUAAUCAUGCGGAAAUUGAAAAUACAAAUGGUUCGUCCACAUCACCAUCUACUACUUUACAGCCCGGCUCAGAUAUUAAGCCUAAAGUUACUAAUGAAAUUGUCGAAAGUUUGCUGCGACGAUUGUAUGGCAUUACCAUUGGAGAAAUUAAGGAAUUGAUUUCGUAUGAUGAUCGUAACUUUUUAGUUAAGGAAGACCCAAACAUUAAAAAUCCUUUAAUUGUAUCCCAUUGGCCACAUGGUUAUGUUUUGAAGAUAUUAAAUUCGUUGGAUUCCAAAAAAAUUGAAUUUGUUGAUGCCCAAAAUCAAUUGAUGUUGUAUUUAUCCAAACAACAAGUUCAAUGUCCACGUCCCAUAGCCAAUGUAAAUGGAAAAUAUUAUUCCUUAGAGCAUAUAAAUGGUGCUGAUCAUGUCGUACGUCUAUUAGAGUUUAUACCUGGUAAAAUGUUUCAUGAAGUGCCUACAACAAAUUAUUUGCUUUAUCAAACUGGUGAAUAUUUGGCAAAAAUUGUCAAAGCAUUAAAGAAUUUUGAACAUGAGGCAUACAACACUCACAAAACUACUUGGCAAUUACAAUCCGUACCAAAGCUCAAAGACUUUUUGUACGUUUUACAAAAUCAUGAACGCAAAGAAAUAAUAGAAGAAGUUAUAAAUGCAUUUGAAACAACCAUACUAAGUCAAUUGGACACCUUCGAAAUGCAAAUUAUUCAUGGUGACUUUAAUGAACAAAAUUUAGUGGUUGAGCCUGCUGGAGAAGGUGAAAACUAUAAAGUGAAAGGUAUAAUAGAUUUUGGCGAUACAAAUAAAUCACCUAUACUGUUCGAGGUCGGUAUUGCUCUGACCUAUAUGUUGCUACAAGCAAAAAAUUUGGAAAGUGGUGGCAUUUUCUUAGCUGGUUUUGAAUCGAUGUAUCCAUUGACAGCCGAAACAAAACAAUAUCUGAAAUAUUGUGUGGCAGCACGUUUAGCUCAAAGUCUGGUGAUGGGUUCUUAUACACAUUCCCUUGAUCCAUCGAAUGAAUAUGUCUUGGUUACACAAGAGGAGGGUUGGAAAUUAAUUGAACAGCUAUGGAGACAUCAAUUUGAACACAUAGAUGAGUUAUGGCGAUCUGCAGCUGAUAAAUAUUUAACACAAAGUGUUAAAUAAGUUUAUAAUAAUUUAACGUUUUAAUAUUAAAUAUUGUUGUUUUUGGUCAUAAAAAUUUGUUUUAUGUUUAAUUAAUUAAUUAUAAAUUUUUUAUAUACAUACAUAUACUGUGCAAACAUUUUUAAUCAAAUAACAUAAACAUUUUUGCCUUUUCUUCCACAAUGUCAAUUAUAUGUUAACAAUUGUAUAAAUAAAGUAUUACGUCCAAACAAUAUAUUAUAAUUAAUAAUUAAA